GAGAUGAAUGUAGAGCCCACUUUAUCUUGAUCCUCCUACGUGGCAGAACGUUAUUGAGUAAAAACCGCAUAGACACAAUCCAAUUAAAAUCCAUUUUGUAAGCUGAAAAAAACUAAAAGAAAAUCCAAUAUUGAGCAAGUGUGGUUACAUUUUUGUGAUUGAGGGGAAAAACAAGAACAGUAUUACAAUACAAGAGAGCAAUGGCAGCAAGUUUGGGCAGCGUUGUAGGACUUGGCAGCACAAGUCGCCUGACUUCAGGAUUUGCGAGAUCGGCAGUGAAUGCUAGGAACCCGUUAAGGCUAGCUUGCCCAUCUGUACGGGGAGGAAAGGCUACCUGCUUCGAGAGGAACUGGUUGAGGACGGAUUACAACGUGAUUGGGUUUGGGUUAAUUGGUUGGUUAGCACCUUCCAGCAUUCCGGCUAUCAAUGGCAACAGUCUAACUGGACUCUUCUUUGAGAGCAUUGGAGCUGAGCUUGCUCACUUCCCUACCCCUCCUGCUCUCACUUCCCAGUUUUGGUUGUGGCUGGUUACGUGGCACCUGGGCCUCUUCCUCUGCCUCACCUUUGGCCAAAUUGGAUUCAAGGGAAGGACUGAAGACUACUUUUGAAUUCCCCAACUUUUAUGACCUACUCCUACCCUAUAUAUAUAUAUUCCCCCUUUUCCUUUUUCUUCUUGUUUUUGGACUUUGUAAUUUAAUGUAACGUAAUCUACUGGAUUCUGAUUC